GCUUGGGGAAUGCCAUGGACAGAGGAGCCUGGCGGGCUACAGUCCAUGGGGUCAGAGAAGAGUCAAGCAUGAUUUAAUGACUACAUAACAACAAGGGGGUAGCUGUCACUCAUUAUCUCCUGUGAGUCACUCCAUGCCUUGGGAGGGCAGAGGGUAUUCCCAUUAACCAGGGGAGAAAACAAGAUCCUGGCCAGUCAGGCUGGGACCAGGACCCGACUCCCUUGGCCCUUCGUCCUCCGCUUGUUUGGUGACCCUGCACUUCCCUCUUAAUGUUGCCCCGGAGAGAAAGGGAGGAGAAAGCGCAAGCAGAACAGUACAUCCAUCAACAAGACAUCUCCAUUGCUACCAAGUCUAGACUCCCUAACAGGGCCAGACAGGGCCAUCUCCCCACUCUCCCCUGCACACUCCAGCUGCCCCAGGUCUCGUCACCCCUCAGGCUUGAACCUAUGCAGCCUCCAGUCUGAACAUGAUCCCCCAGGAACACUGGGUCCCCUAGGAAGCAUUCUGGGCUCUGCAUGGGUGAGGAUGUGAGUCCCACUACUUUAACACAGAGCCAAUAACAUUGGCUGAAACAGGAUAGAACGUUUCUUUCCUUUGAUGUAAAGAACUCUGGCUGACUGGUGGCUCUGCCAUGCAAAGAGGUCCUGCUCCUUGCAUCACCCCCAGGACAGGACCCUGCUGCUCUUACUGGCCAACCCCAUCCAUCCUCCACCCGGCAGGGAGGCAGGAAGGGAAGGGCAGGAAUGGCACUUCCUGCCCAGGCGGGACCGGAAGUGUGUGUGUCAGUUCCACUUAAGUCCUCUGGACCAGAACCACCUCACCUGACCACAUCCAUCUGCACAUAUUUGUCCCGGGCAUCCAUGUGCCCGACAUUAUGAAGGGCUCCUUUCUGAGAGGGAGGAGGGAGGAAUGGAUACUUGGGAAUCCAGUGGAUCCCUACUUCUCAAUGAACCAGAGCCUCCCUGGUCCUUGCACUUGAGUCAUGCCUGUCCUACCCUGGGGAAGCCCCAGGCCGCUUUCUGUUGUUCAGUCACUAAGUCAUGUGCGACUCCGCGAACUGCCCCACAGCAGGUUCCCUGUGCUUCACUGUCCCCUGGAGUUUGCUCAAACUCGUAUCCAUCGCGUCGGCAAUGCCAUCCAACCGUCUUAUCCUCUGUCACUCACUUCUCCUGCCACUUAGUGACAUACUUCUCAGAACCCCCAGAUGAGGAGGUAUGUCAGCCAGGGUCCAGCAGAGAGAACGGUAGGGGGUAUGAUCAGGAGACUUGGUGCAAGGAAUCGCCUUGCGCAGCUGUGGGGGCUGGCGAGGAAAGGCUGGAAUCCACGGUGCGAGCCAACGGGAAGGGCAGGCCGGGCUCGGGCACGACCUGCAGCUGUGGCCACAGUGGAAUUCCUUCUUCCUCGAGGAGACCUCAGUUCUGCUCUUUAGGCCUUCCAUUGCCUGAAACAGGCCUUCCCUGAUGACCUAGGAUCAUCUCUUUUACUAAAAGCCAAUGAAUGGUGAGUGGAUCAGCUCUCCAGAGUGCCUGCCCGGCAACACCGAGGUUAGCAUUUCUGAAUAAAUGGGGAAAGCAAGCCCGGCCAAGUUGACACCUAAGAGUGAGCAUCCCCGGAAGGGGGAUUUCUGAUUUCUAUGGGGGACGAAAGGUGAGUAACUUCAGGAAAUGAUAGACACGACGCUGCUGUUUCCCCAAGUCUCCCGGCUCUCCAGCUAACUGCUAGAAAGCAGCAGUAAUUGAACUUGGCUUCAUAAUUAUUAUUAGUUCACCCAGAAUUGCUUGCUUAGAUACAAAGCAAUUCACUUGGAACCAAAGUGUCCUAAGAUGUCCCAUAGAUGUUAUAAGUUUCCAGAAAUAUGUUCAGUGAUUAUUUAUUAGUAAUGGCUCCCAGAGUUAACACAUUUCUGCUCCAAACAAUAUACUCUUUGACUAUUAUCAACCACUGUAUAUUAAUUAAGUAACUGGUAGUUUAAUGCUACUUACGGGAUGUAAUUUGCGUUUCCAGCAGUUUGUUCUGCAGGUCUUCGGCGGCAUUUGUUUUGAGACCUUUGGGAUGGUUAUAAUGUGCUUUUUCCUCCUUUGAUACAAGAGGAAUUUAAUGUUUAUUGUAAAAAUAAAAUUGGAUGAUACAGAAAGAGGUAGAGAAGAAAAUAAUCACCCUAACCUAGCAGCAAAAAUAUUCUUUCAUAUAUAUGUAAAUAUAAAAUGUAUAAGAUCACACGUUAUGCAAUUUUGUAUCCUGCCUUUUUAAACUUAACAUUAUUUUGUGAUUAAAUAAGCCAUGUAAUUAAGUUGUUUAUGGAUAUUUUAGUGAUUUUUUGUAGAUGUGUACCAUGAUUUACUUAGCCAUUCUCUCCUUGUUGGACAUUUACAUUAUCUCUAAUUAUUUGCAAUUAUAAAACAUACCAGGAUACAAACUUGCAGCUAAGUCUUGAGGAUCUAAUGAAUAAUGUGGUGAUUGUAAUCAACAAUAUUGUAUUAUCAACUUCAAAGCUGCCAAGAGACUAGAUCUUAAUUGUUUUUACCACAGAAGAGACAUGAUAAUUUUAUGAAGUGAUAGAGGUGUUAGCUAAUGUUACAGCAGUAAUUGUAUCGCAACAUAUAAAUGUAUUAAAUCACACUGUACACCUUAAACUUGCCCGAUGUUACAUGUCUGUUAAAAAAAAGAAUACCAGGAUGUUAAUCUUUGCACACAUUUAUGAGUAUCACCUUAGAAUUUAUUCUAAAAGUGAAAUUAUAGGAAGAAAGGGUAUGAAAUAUGUAUGUCUUUUGAUAUAUAUCAACAAACUUUUCCAGAUUUCUUAAAAAUUUUUGAAAGAUUAUCUCUCGAUACUUGACCACAUUGUAAAACAUAUGAGAAGAGUCAAUAUAAUGAUUCCCUAAAGAGCUUAUAACCAAAUGAGUAGAUUUAUCUAGAAAUGAAAGUAAUUAUUCGUUUUUUUAAAAGAUACUCAUUUCUCUUACUUAUUAUUGAUUCAACCCAGAAUUUGCAUCACUUCUCUUCUGUGAGUUUCCAGUAUUCAGCUAGGAUACUGCCUUUCCCUAGUGGCUUUAAUCUGCCUUUUCAAGUGAUAUCAAGUGCUGGCCUGCUGUCCACGGGCCUUAUCGGUGACAGGGUCUUCAGAAGAACAAGCUCAUAAACGCCAAGUCAUUGUAGGUGUGGGAGAGGCCAGCCAAGCUGCCGCUGAUUACCUGCGCCCCAUGCCCGCCCACCCAGCCGCUGACCCUGCUCAGAAAGAGCCUUGGAGAUCGAGUUAGGAUCCCCUCUCCCAGCCCUCUCACAGCACCCUGUAAGGACUGCCAGGCCAUAAUGAAGGUUCUUUUGCUGAAAGACCCCAAGGAGGACGACUGUGGCCAGGACCCCUACGUCAGGGAGCUGGGAUUAUAUGGGCUCGAAGCCACUUUGAUCCCUGUUUUAUCGUUUGAGUUUCUAUCUCUCCCCAGUCUGUCGGAGAAGCUGUCUCAUCCCGAAGGUUACGGGGGACUCAUUUUCACCAGCCCCAGAGCGGUGGAAGCCGUGGAGCGGUGUUUGCAGAAAGACGCUAAAGCCGAAGUCUGGAAAAAGUCUCUGAAAGAAAAAUGGAACGCUAAGUCGGUGUAUGUGGUGGGAAAUGCUACUGCUUCUCUAGUGAAUAGAAUUGGCCUGCAUACAGAAGGAGAGACCUGUGGAAAUGCAGAAAAGCUUGCAGAAUACAUUUGCUCCAGGGAGUCCUCCACGCUGCCUCUUCUGUUUCCCUGCGGAACCCUCAGAAGAGAGAUCCUGCCGACAAUGCUCACGGACAAAGGGAUCCUCUUGGAGAGCAUAACCGUCUACCAGACUAUCCCACACCCAGGGAUCCAGGGGAACCUCAGCAGCUACUAUAUCCAGCAGGGUGUUCCCGCCAGCAUCACGUUUUUCAGUCCCUCUGGCCUGACACACAGUCUCAAGCAUAUUCAAGAGUUAUCUGGUGACAGCAUUGGCCAAAUUAAGAAUUUCCAUGCGAAGUCAAAGCUCCCCUGACCUCGCAGGGUCUCUGAUGGCAGCUCUGGAGAAAAGGCAGGGCUGGACUUCCCUGCGGUCCAGGGCUCAGGACUGCACUUCCACCGCAGGGGGCUGGAGUUCCACCCCUGAUCCAGGAAGGCCUCGUGCUCUGCGUGCGGGCUUUAGGACUCCCAGGCCCCUGCUCACAGCUCACAGUGCCACCUCCUGGCUGGUGCUCUUGGACAAGUUACUUAACCUCUCUCAGCCUGUGCAACAUGAGGAUGAUUAUCCCUUUGUGGUCUUCACAGACAGGUAUGGUCUUCGCUGAUAGGUUCAUUGAAAGAACUCAAGUCAAGCCCUUAGCUCAAGGCCUGGCUCAGUUAUUAGCAUACUUCCCCUUGUUUCCCGUCUGUCUUGAAAUUAUGUUGUAAAAUUCUUUCUCCUUUUCGUGGUUUUUAACUCGAAGGAUUUCCAUUCGUACUCUUUAGGAGUCGGCAGCUAAUCACAGCUCUGUAAUGGGGAUGCUCUUAAAGGCCCCAAGGGGGACUGGGGAAGGGGUACCGGUGUGACUGGGAGCCCGCAGCACAGGCCCCAGCACUCCUGGGGGUCAGGACUGUCUCUGCCUUAUAGACUGGUUCCCCACUCCCACCCCACCCCAGGGAGGUGCCCAGAGCCGGAACACUGGCCUUAGCGCUGGGCUGUUGGGGGCCCAGUGCAGAGUGGGCUGCCCUGCUCCAGGGGCCCCGUCCGCAGCCUGGGUCCAUCCCCGCGGGCUGUGUGGGUCCAGCUCCGUGGACUCUGUGGGUCCAGCCAGGCCCCUGGUGGUGAGUCUGACAGCAGGGCUCUCUAGACGCCCCCCUUCUCCUGUGACCAGCCCAUUUCAGGGGGAAUAAAAGGCUCAUGUGGAAACAUCAUCUUGUGACCAGAUUGCUUCUGCUGAAAUUAUGCUUGCUAUUGGCUGGUUCCCAACUUCAGGGUGUUUCUUUUUUUUUUUAAUGUUUGUUUGUUUAAAGAAAAAAACAGCUUUAUUGAGAUAUGUCACACACCAUGAAAUUCACUUUUUGUGACUUAAAUAUGUACCUUUUAAAGUGUGCAAUUCAGUGGGUUUUGGUAAA